CGCCGCGGCGGCCUUCUAUAGCCCGGCUCGGGCUCAGUGCCGGUGGCGGCAGCGGCUCCGCGCCGCCAUGGGUAACACCGUCACCUGCUGCGUCUCUCCCGGCGCCAGCCCCAAGCUCGGCCGGGCCCGCGGGUCCGCGCUGGGGGCGGCGGCGGCGGCGGCGGCAGGAGGAGGCGGCGGCGGCGGCGUGGGAGCCGGGCCGUUGGCCGCAGGGCUCGAGCGGCGGGCGGGCGCUUAUCGGGAGGCCACUGAGGCGGAGUCGGGGGACUCGGAUCCCGGCGGGGGCGGCCCCCACCUGCAGCACAUUAGCGACCGCGAGUUCCCGGAUGAUUUAGCAUUGGAAUCAAAUCCAUCUGACCAUCCUAGAGCAAGCACAAUUUUCUUGAGCAAAUCCCAAACAGAUGUGAGAGAGAAGAGGAAAAGCAACCACAUCAACCAUGUUUCCCCAGGGCAGCUUACAAAAAAAUAUAGUUCAUGUUCAACAAUAUUUAUAGAUGACAGCACAGUCAGCCAGCCUAAUCUUAGGAGCACAAUAAAAUGUGUUACAUUAGCAAUAUACUAUCACAUAAAGAACAGGGAUUCAGAUAGAUCACUGGAUAUUUUUGAUGAGAAAUCGCAUCCACUCACGCGAGAAGAGGUUCCAGAUGACUACUAUAAGCACGACCCCGACCACAAGCACAUCUAUCGCUUCGUACGGACCCUUUUUAGCGCAGCACAGUUGACGGCCGAAUGUGCAAUAGUGACACUGGUUUACUUGGAAAGGCUCUUAACCUAUGCAGAAAUUGACAUCUGCCCCAGUAACUGGAAAAGGAUAGUUCUAGGUGCUAUACUGCUGGCUUCGAAGGUGUGGGAUGAUCAGGCUGUGUGGAAUGUGGAUUACUGCCAAAUACUGAAGGAUAUUACAGUUGAAGACAUGAAUGAGAUGGAAAGACACUUCUUGGAGCUGCUGCAGUUCAAUAUCAAUGUUCCUGCCAGUGUUUACGCCAAAUACUACUUUGACCUUCGCUCCUUAGCAGAUGACAACAACCUGAGCUUUCUGCUGGAGCCCCUUAGUAAAGAACGAGCGCAGAAGCUGGAGGCUAUAUCCAGGCUGUGUGAGGACAAAUACAAAGAUUUAUCAAAAGCUGCUAUGAGGCGAUCGUUCAGCGCUGAUAACUUAGUUGGCAUUCGCCGUUCUAACGCCAUCCUCUCUUGAGCAAGAUGCAAAGCUGCGACAUUGUGGCACCAGCAUUCCUAUGGACGGGAACAUCACCUGCACUCCAAGCUCACAAGUCAGCAGUGAUGGUGUCUUCCAGCCUGAGGACGGUGAGCAAAUCAAGCCAAGGAAGCCCAGAGCCAGCCAGAGGAGCAUAAUUCCAUUGAGGGGGGUGGGGGAGAGAUGGGACCUUGUCAUAUGGGCACACUCCUUUAAAAAUCCAGAGGUGCAGAACUCUUAAAAGAGCCUCCCCCCAUUUCUCCUCACACACCCCACUACAAUCUACAGAUGUUUGCUUACUGUGUAGGCCUAUAGUUAUGAACUAUGUGAGUUUUUAAUAAUGACUAGUUUUGAAUUUUAGAAUUUGAACAUUAACUCCACAAUAGUCACAAUGUUCUUUCCCCCUCCGUCAUCCAGGGCCCUGGCUGCAGUUUUCUUUCAGAGUCAGUGCAAUGUCCAUGUUCACAUGGUAUAAAAGCUACUCUGGAACGGAUGCUGUAGCCCUGACAAGGGAAAAGUGGGUCUUCUCUCCCCUCUACCAUACAUUGACUACCAAGACUGUUGAUUGGUGCACUGGUGUUCAGCUAAAGACCAAGGAGCUGCUGAGCAGCAAACUGUGCUCACUGUGUAAAUGUAAUCUCAUCUCCAUUUGAGGUUAUCAUGGGAUUGGAAAUGUUUGGGAUAGGAGCAGAGAAGCGGUAUUCGGUGUUCACUGAUACAAAAACAAGAUGGUCAGGAUGCAUUUCUUGUCAACUCUGGUGCUUCUCAUGUCCUUCUGGUCAAGUCCUGGGAGAGAGACAGUCCAUAACACUUUUUUGCCUGAAGCGCUAAAUAGGGCUGCAUUGAAAGCUUAGCCCAAACACAUGUACUGUCUUGGCGAUGAACAGACCAAUAUGUUUGCUCUGCUAAACUCUUCAACUACAAACAGUGGAUAUGGAGCAAGUCCUGCUUGUCCUAUGCUUCCAAAUGCUUUAAAUUCACAAUGGGAAAAUAUUUUGAAGGUCCUGGACUUAAUGAUGAGGGAAGUACGAUGAUUUUCAAGUCAUAUAAUUGCUUUGAAAAAAUACGUUUUUCCCCCUUUAAAAGCCUAGUAUUUAAUGGCUCUUGCUCUGGAAGUGAACUUCUAAAUCUUAGCUUUUUCUGUAAAUUAAGUUUGUUCUUCCAGAAUGGGAAUCUGGGCUGAAUUAAGUUUUCUGCUCCUAAAAAUAGGAAGCCUAAAUAGACUUUCUGGACUAGAAACCUUCCCAGCUCCAGGUCAAAAUAUCUGAACGGUUUGUAUUUUACUUCCCGCAUCUGGUGUAGCACAAAAUCAUGUGCAGCCCCUCUUACCAGUCUGAUUCCUUUAGUUAUAUUUAAUAUUGAGCCUCACUUGCUUCUUGAGUGUUCAGUGGCACUCAGACUGUUAGUCUCGUGCAGUAUUUUAAUCUACCAGUUCCAGGCAGGCAUUCUACAGAGUCUGCGGCUUCAGGUAUUGAUCACAAUUCAAUUUUGAAACAAAUGCUACAUCUUCAGGUGUCUUUCCUUUCUCAUGUUUGUAUUAAAAGAGAAGCUAAUAAUAAACUCUAUUUUAAUUAAGGUAA